CCUAGCAUUCCCGAUCCAGAUCCCUCCCCUCGCCGCCACCCACCCCUCCCCUCCCUACCUCAGAUUGUCUCCCCUCUCCCCACUCUCAGAUCCAACUGGCCCGAGACGGAGGCCGUCGUGGACAUGGUCGCCACCACCGACCGCGAGUGGGGGUCCUCAUCCUCUCCCUUGUCGUCCUUAGCGGCGGCAUCUGGCUGAGCUACCGGGCCGCCACUACCGACUGCGAGUGGUUCCUGGAGCGGCCAGUCAUCGCGCUAGAGGCGCUGCGCCUGGUGCUCUUCCUCACGGGGCUCGCGGGGUCCCUCUUCCGCGUCUUCAUCAUCUUCUCCUUCGUCGUCACCAACUGCAGCCACGACGUUACGGCCGUGCGGCACCCGCCUUCAGAUCCCUCCGCCCACUCGUGCCCUUGCUCCCUUCUGCCUGCGGGGCUGCGCCCCUCGUGCUGCUCCCCAACGACGCCGGUAGGCGCGCGGGCUUGUCCAAGUGUCGGGCGACCGGUCGUGGUGGUACAAGCAUCGUUGAGAGGGGGCCGGAGGAGCCAUCUUCCUGGCCAUCGCCUACUUUGACCGCUUCUUCCUCUGGCGAUGCAUCGAUGUAAUGAAUCACCGCACAACCGUUGUAAAACAAAUUUAGCCUCUCUGCUUCUUAGGAACAGGAGGAUGAUGUGGUUGUGUGCAUGUAGAGGACGGCCAUGCCGUGGGCGGCGCGGCUCCUAUCCAUGGCCUGCGUCUCUGUGGCGGCGAAGAUGGAGGAGUUCUGCGCACCGGCACUGUCGGAGCUCGACGCCAGCAGCGGCUACGAGUUCUGCUCCGCCUCCGUCCGCUGAAUGGAGCUGCUCGUGUUGUCAACCCUCGGCUAGCGCAUGGCCGCCGUUACGCCCUUCGACUACCUCCCCUGCUUCUCUUCUCGGCUCGACCGGCACGACGGCCGCUGCAGCGGCAAGCAUGACCCCGCCCACGUGGCCCUCAAGUCCAUGGACUUCAUCUUUGCCACAACCGAAGCGCACCUGCUUCGACGCCGACCCGUCCAUCGUCAUCGCCUUCGAGGACGACAAGGACACUGCAAGCAUCGUCGGCUUCCACCACUACCACAUCGUCGUCACCUACAAGUUUCACGAUGGCGUCUGGGCCAUCGAGUCCUUCUGCAGCUGCUGCCGCUGCUCCUUCCACAAUUUGGGUGGGACUCGUCAGAUCAGCCUCCUUGUUUCCUAUUUUAGGUGAAGUGUGAAUCCUUAUCCGAAGCUGUGAAGCAUAUCAGCAAAGAGUAGCAUAUUAUGUGUUGUAAUUGUAGGCAAUAGUAGGCAUUUCUGGGUUGUAAUAUACUGUAACGAUUGUAAUAGAUUAAUGUAGUAUUGUUCUGGACCAAUUUCAUUUGCUCUCUGGUCUAUUUGAAACAAUGAUUGUGUAUGUGAUUUGAAU